UCUCCUCCUCUCUCUCUCUCUCUCUCUCUCUCUGUCUAUCCACAUCUCUCUCUGGAGCUCCGAUCUCCUACGGCAAUGGCUACCGUCCUUGAAUCCAUCGUCGUUCCUCGCUCCUCCGCUCUCCCUUCGGCUUCUCUUUCCCCGAUCGCCGCCUCCUCCGUUUCUUCCCGCACCGGCCGCCUCGGAUUGCCUCACUUCACUGGCCUCAAGGUCAGGUCCGCUCUUCAGACCUCUCGCUCUGUUGGAUCGCUGACUUACGGCCCCGCUCGUCGCCGCCGGGGACUCGUCGUCUGCGAGGCUCAGGACACCGCCGUUGGAGUGCCUGCUGUUUCUGAUGCAACAUGGCAGUCACUUGUCCUCGAUGCUGAAUUACCGGUUUUGGUUGAAUUCUGGGCGCCAUGGUGUGGUCCAUGCCGUAUGAUCCACCCUAUCAUUGAUGAACUGGCAAAGCAAUAUGCUGGUAAGCUCAAGUGUUACAAAGUGAAUACCGAUGAGAGUGCUUCAGUAGCAACCCGAUAUGGGAUCCGAAGCAUCCCCACUGUCAUCAUAUUCAAGGGCGGUGAGAAAAAAGAUGCAGUUAUUGGGGCCGUUCCCAAAUCCACAUUGACCACCAGCAUCGAAAAGUUCUUGUAGAAAUGGUACGUGAUGAAUGUCCUUUAAGGAGCUAAGUUGUAUCUUAUAUCUGUCCCUUCUCGUUUUAGAUUCUCGCUUUCUCAGGGUUUAGAUACUUCUCUCAAAAUAAACUGAUGUCCUCUCCUGUAUAGUUAUUUGGAAGAAUCUGUAUCUAUUUUCCAGUGUCAGAGAAUGCUAGUAACAUUAAAUCUUUAGCACCUGAACGUCUCUUUUAAACAGUAUCUGGCAUACUAUGUAUGAUGUGAUUCUUUAAAUUCUGAUUGAAGAUCAUAGUGCAUUUUGGUAGUAUGCCCAUGGAAGAUAUAACAUUAGGAAUCUAUUAGUGAGUGAUGCUCUUUAGGAUGUAAUUCCAUGACUCUGGUUCAAUGGACAGAAGCUUUUAGAAAGUAAUGGUCAUAGAAAUCAUUUCCAAUCGCUUGAAGUCACCUUUAGGGUAACUAUUGCUGUAGUCACUAGUAUUCUAAUGCUGAGGUUCUUUUCAUAGCAAAUGCCUGGGAAAAUAUAAACUGAAAUACAAUUAUGUGUGCAAAGAGUAGGCAAAUUUGGCUCAUUUUUCAUGUACUUGUAAUUUCACAUUCAAAAUCCAACUUCUAGCAGCUUGUUAUCAGCAGUUCCUACUUAUAAAUGUAUAUUAAUCCUCUCUUUUGCCAUCAAGAUCCAAUAUACUACUUAAAAGCUCUCUUCAAAGAACUCCAGCAUCCAGGAACAUGGUAGACCAAUAUCUAAGAACAUCAAAUUUUGCAUAUUUUCUAAAUUACAG